AUGCCCAAAGAAAAGAGAACCAAGCCAUGCUCGAACUGUAAGAAGUCAAAAGUCAAAUGUAUCUACACAGCAUCGCUACCAUGUGAGAGAUGUAUGAAGACGGGACAGGCGGUGAACUGCCAGUUUGUGCCCAAGCUUCCGUCUUUGAAGCUUCCGCUGUUCACUCAAGGAGGGCCACCAUACGUCAUUCCUGCGGGACCAAACAACAUUUCCAUCACUCCAAACAUGCCAGGGAUUCCUGCUCCUCCUAGCAUUCCUCCUGCCCCAAACAUGGCACUGGCUGUGCCGACACAGCCUCCUAUAUCUAACAUGGUCCUCUCCAAUCAUCAUCCAGACCCAGAGGGGCAGUGGAAGUCUCAUAUGGAAAACAGGAUCAACUCUUUUGACGAUAAGCUCAACGAUCUAGUCGAUAUCUUGAAAUCGAACCAACAAAUGCUCCUCGAGCAACAAAGGAAUCCCUACAACCCUGUGCCAAUGUAUCAAAGUCCUUUACAACCGUCGAUUCCGAAUAAGGCGUCCCAUCUCAAGAGAGCCUUGGAGCCACCAUUGAUCUCUUCAGCAUCGUCCAGUUCCAGUACAUCUCCAGAACUACCAAGAAAACGGCUAAAAUCUGCCACCACGUUAGGAGACGCAUUCAUUGGUAAGGAUUUCAGAGAUACCUUCUUGUCCAAGGAUGAGGCCAAGGAACUUUUCCAUUUCUUUGAUGCCAAUAUUUCCCAACAGCUUUUUGGAUUUGAAAUCUCUCGUUUUUCAGUGGACUCCAUCUGGGCCACCAGUCCUGUGUUGGUUUGUGCCAUUUCUACUAUAGCCUCCAUUCACCAUCCAAAGCUUUCAGGAAAGUCGGAAGGGCUUAAGGCUUACUUACAGGAUCUCUGUGGCUCUUUGUUAUACAGAGGAAAACCAAAAAAUGAAGAAGAGGGAUUCAAUACAAUAGUCGCCUUGAUUUUGUGCAGUUUUUGGUUGUCCGACUCCCAAAUGUUUACUGGGUUGGCUUUACAAUUAGCCAAGGAGUACGGGUUAAAUAACCCUUAUACCGAAAAUAAGGAUAAAUUGAAGCUUUGGUACUUGUUAUAUGUUUUGGACGGGCAACAAAGUUUGACUUUGAACAGACAACCCUUAGUGAAUUCUCAGGAGUAUUCUUUGGUCCAUAGUAAAGAGAUUUUAUUACCUACGAAGCAAUUGGAGUUGAAGGGUUCCAAACCAGAAUCAAACUUGAUAAAACAGGACGAGAAGGAUAACUCCACCACAAAAGAACAUAUUCUCAAGAAAAGGGAUCUUAAUGCGGACAUGAGGUUAGUAUCUCAAGUCGAAUAUAACCAAGCUUUGAACGAAGCUUUCAAAGGAAAUGCUUGGGAUUUAUUGGUGCCCUCCUCUUUUGGUAUUCCAUCCAAGAGUAAUUUGGAAUUGGAUAAAUGGAUGGUGUCUUGGACUGUAUUAUUAGCACCUAGUAAUAAUGGUGCAGUGUGGUCUUCAAAAUCUACCUUGAUUUACUAUAAUUUUGCCAAAAUGCAUAUCAAUUCCUCCGCUGUUAGACAGCUUCAAGUGAAUCCCAACAAAAUGUUACCGAAGUGGGACUCAAUGACACACACAGCAACAUCCUCUUCGGAGAGACCCUCGACCAGUCCUUCUAGGAAGUCCGCUCUUGAAAGUGAUGAUUCUGAGGACAGUGAUAGCGAUGACGAUACUACGAAUGAGGAUGAGUUUAUUUCUAACAAAGGAUUAUUAUCGGAAGACGAAACGACCGUUAAUGCAAACAUAGCAAUUAAUGCCGCUCAAACUGUCCUUAAUUUGGUGAUUAAUGAUCAUGAUAUAUUGGACAACUUAAAGUACGUUCCGGUUCAUAUUCACAUCAUGCUUUAUUACGCUUCUUUGCUUUUACUCAAUCCACCCAUGAAAUCAAACAACAAAGCCAUUGAAUUAGACCCAUACACCUAUAAUCUAAAAAUCAUCGGAAACCUCAAGAUUAUCAAAAUGUUAGAAAAAAAGAUAUACAACAACUUACCUAUUGAUACGAAUUUCGGUGACCGGCUUAUUAGAAGUCUUGAUGAAAUAGUGGAAGAGAAACUCAUAAAGGUACGCAAAGACUCAGAAGAGUUGCAAGAUGGACCUCAAAAAGUCGAGUUGCUAAAACAAAUAGACAGUCUCAUUGAGUCUUCCAACGAUAAAAACAUAGUUGAGCUCGCUGAUGAUUCUACGAUUAGUAGAGGGUCAACCCCACCCGGACCAGAAAGAAUAUCUGCUUGGCCAGGAUCAAAUCAUGGGCAUCCAUGA